AUACAGUACUCAAGAUGAUGAUGAUGCCAAAAUGCUAAUUUAAGCCUGCAAAAAUAUAGUCUUGUAGAAUCUUAAAAGUUUCACAGAUUUAAUGUGGCACACACAAAACUAAAUAUUAGUCUUAAGGUGGAGCUACAAGAUCUCUGCGUGACUGUGGUGACAGUGCAAUUCUAAUAAUAAAGAUAUACACUCAAAGUCAUUUCUAGGUAACUGGAAAUAGGCUGCAGUAACUGGAUAUACCUUCUCUAGGAUGCACACCUUAACAUGGUGAGGUGGUUUGAGAGUGUCGAAGAAGCUGAGAGCAAUGCUGUCAGGAGUCUAGAUGAAGAGGCUAGACUUCUUACAGGGUCACCUAAGGCGGAAUGGUCAAAGCUGAGACACCAGACUAACAUGCAUCCAAACUCAGAGGAAGACAAUGGUAAACCACCUCUGAAUACCUCUUACCACGAAACCCUAUGAACAGAGUAUUCAAAAUGUAACAUGAGAUAGUGCUGGAAGAUGAGACCCCAGGUCAGAUGGCACUCAGCGAGCUACUGGGGAAGAACAACGGACAAGCAUGAGUAGCGCUGUGACUAAUGACACAGCUGGGUCAAAGCCAAAAGGAAGGCCGGAGGCUGAUGCACACAAAUGUGAAAGCCUGCCAUCAGAGAUACUACUGAAGAUACUCUCCUAUCUGGAUGCCGAGUCCCUGCUGUGUACUGGCUGUGUGAAUAAAAGUUUUUAUCAGCUGUCCAAUGACAAUACAAUCUGGUUAAAAAUAUAUUCCAAGUCUUUUCUCCCUAAAAUAAAAAAAUGGAGGGCUGAAUCUGCCCAGGAAUCGUCUGUUUCUCUGAAUCUCCCAGAGCUGUUAGAUAGGGAGUCGGGAUAUUGGAAGAAAGAGUACAUCCUGAAAAAAAUAGCAGUUGGUAAAGCUGAUGUGAUUCAGGUUCUGAAGCCAAUAAAUACCUGUACUGGCCUUCCACUAAAAACCAAAGAAGCUAUCAAGAUCUGUGGUUUAAGAUGGAUGAUCAUACUGAAGGACAGAAAUGGAAAGGAACAUGUACUGGAUCAGAAAGACAUCUCUUUUAAUGAGACUUCUGUUACUGUAUUUUGGUAUGAUUCAAAGUGGCCUUGUUUGGAAACGUUGUCAAGUUUGCAAGUAUGUGGAGUAAAACCUGUACUUCUGGGUGAGAGUAAAGUUCAUCCUAAGAAUGGGCCUUGGCAACGAUCCUUAAUUUUUAAAUAUGAACUGGUUAACCUGACUGAAAAUGCAAGGAUGAUUGGCUGUGAUGCACUUGUUGAACUUUAUUGUUUUGACCAAGGACUUUUGGUGGGACUUUGGAAGAAAAGUGAAAUUGCUUUUGUUAUGGCAAGUCUUCAUUAUCACCAGCUUGUUGAAAGAAGCACCCUUGGCUCUGCUACAAUGAGAUAUGCUGCAGCCCCAGAUAAGGCUAUCUUGGAUGAUAUUGACCCGGAAUAUGGCAUGCAUGGCUAUCAGCUGCACAUUGACAUACACAGCAGAGGAAACACUUACAUGUGUAGCAUAUUUCGUAGUUUGUUUUGUAAAAAAGGUUACAUUAGAAAUGGAUACCUGAGGUUUACAGUAAUAAGUUAUAAAAAUACUGCCCAACAUCUACCUCUUGUUGGAAAUGUUGGAUUCUCUUGGAGGACAGAUGCACUUGAAGGCAACGUUCAGAAUUGUUUCAUUAUGGAUGUGACUCUUCUGGAUGAUUCACAAAAACCAUUUUGGUGUUUUAGUGCUCCAGUCAACAUGGUACUGUCUCCCAAACCGUCUAGCCUCUAUCAAUAUUUGGGACCCAGCUAUUAUUUGAAUCACAUAGAUACAACAGGAAAAGUACACAUGGAGCUGGUUUGGAUGGAAGAAACAAAUGAAUACUGUAUAGUCAACCUAGUCGUUUAUUUGAGCACCCAAACAGUUAAUAACUGGUUUGGUACACAUUACUGAAUUCAGUUACUUAAACAGCAUUGCUUUUCAUGAAGAUGAUUAUUUUGAAUCUUCACUUGUUACUAAAAACACGCCUCAUAAUUUACACUUAACAAAAAUAAUAAUUGGUUGCCUAUGCACUAAAAGGAUCGUUUAUUUACUGUAAAAAUGUGAAAUAAAUUACUUUCCUCUUA